AUGAAACGAAAUCAUAAAGCUAAACUAUAUAUGCAUAAGGAUUAAAACAGCCUUCUUGGUUUGAACAAACCUAUUUUUUUACUUUAGUUCCAAAAAUACAGUUUGAUUAUUAAAUAAAGAACAUACUCUAAACAAAUUUCUUUUUAUUUUGAUAUAAAAUAUGUUGUAAUUGAACAUUAUGAAUAAUAUGAUACUCCACAAAUACAAUUCUUUUAGAAUUUAUUACAUUAUUAAACAUAAGUGCCUAUAAUUUAUUUAAAAUCAUGGCAAUACUCGUCUAUACUUCAAAAAAGAGUUGCUUGUUAUGGUUCAAUAGAAACAAGAAGAUCUCAUACUAAUUUUAAUAUUAUCAUAGCAUUAUCCAUUAGUAGCUAAAGCAUUGAAACAAUAUUUAGAAUUAUUAAUUGGGACUCCCUCUACAUGAACAAUUAUUCUAAAAAUUUUUUAGUAUUUUUAUCCAAAAAAUUACCAGAACUCGCCUCACAAUCUUCACAUCUUUAUGUUGAAUUACAAUAUGAUAAUGUUGUAGAUUCGCUAGUAUAAUCAUUUACUGUUAAUCCUUAACAUUCAUUUCGCAAACUCAUGUUGUUACAUUUGGAAUCUUAUUGUUACUUUUAAAAAGAUUAAAAGAACAACAUUAUGUAUAUUUUAUUCCCAAGAAUUCUGAGAUUCUAAUUUACAUUCUUCUUGCCCUUUCUCAUGUAUAUUUUUAAUUCAAAAAUAAGAGUAAAUAAAGAAUAAAAUUUAGAAGCUUCAAGAAAUUUAAUUACCUGUGCAAUGGGUAUUAUUAAACUAAUUGCUACCUACACCGUGGUAUUAAGUAGUUAAUUGUGAGUUUUCAGGAAGCCAUCAUGUAUUUCAAAGAUGAAUAAAACCAUACCUUAAAUCAAAACCUUAUUUAUUAAAGAGAGGUCACCUUCGGCUCUAGCAGACCCAUUAACAAGUUCUCGACUCAAUUUCAAUAGAAAGAGAGUAUCCAGUAAGAUGGCAUUAACAAAGGGCAGCCCCCAAAAAGUAUCUAAUUUUUUCGAAAACUUGGAAAAUACAAAGCUAUUAUGAUUUUUAUGCUUAUAUUUCAUAUUAUUAUUUAUGUAACUUCUGUUUAUGCUGAUCAUUUAUUUGAGUAAGGAGAUGUUAGAAAUUUCAACUAUGCAAGUAAUCCUACUUUAAUUUACUCAUCAUUUGCAAAGUAAUUCUCUUAUGUACUUGAUGUGUAUAAUUAAAAUAGAAAUUUAUCUAAUAUUUCCAAAUACUUUAAUACCUCAACAUCAGAUUGACAGAUUUUUUCCAUUUCAUUAUUUUAAGGUUCUAUUGAAGGUUGUUUGGAAAGUACAGAAUUAUAUCAUGGACUUUAUUUAAAUUAGUUUACAUUUAAGGAUGAAAGUGUUUAAGUUACAAACAACUUGAAUAUCAACUGUCCUAACUCUUUAUAAACUCAUUUUAUUAUAAAAAUAGUAAUAUAAGGUUCUAUAUAAUUUUUUAGAUAUUAUGCUGAAGGUUCUUAAUUUAAUAAUUUAGCUGUACAAAACUAAGUGACUAUAAAUUUUUAUAUCUAAAAACUUAAAAAUUUUGGAUAUUAGAUACUAUCAAGUUUAUCUGAUCAUGCUUUAAUUAACCCAAUUAUUAGGGAUAUGUUACCCUAUGGCUUGAGUUAAGUUGUAUUAAUGGCUUGGUAUAAACUAAUUUUUAAAUAAAUAAAAUGA